AACAGUAAAUCUAACCAAAUAAACUUAGACAAGUGAAACCAGGAAACUACCGGGUCUCAAUAAGACAAAAUUUCCCAGCUCAUUCAGUGAACUGAGGGGUGCAUUAUCGGAGCUGUGGUUUCAGAGCAGCUGGGAUUUAAGCAGAAGCACCAGCGUUUAAAUUUCUGCAGUGUUAUGACACACUCAUCAUAGCCACAAGUGCACGAAAUCACAUGGAGGUGCUCUUGUGCUCACAUGACAGUCUGAACCAUGGCAGGAGAGAUCAAUGAAGGCUCAGUUCCUGCCUAUUACAGGGAAGUGUACGAGGCCGUCCGCUGUAGGACAGAUGAGAGAGUGCAGGUUGAAGUUUUUCAGCGGUUGCUCCAAAGGACUGAUCUCUCCAAGGCUGUUUUAGGCCAGAUUGCUGAGCAUGUUGACUCCACAGAUGGAUUCCUGAGCAAGUUGUCCCUCUAUAAAGCACUCGCUCUGAUUGCUCUUGCUCAGCAAGGAAAGCAGCCAAGCCCCAAACUCUUGGAGAAUUGCAUACAAGAGUUACCGAAACCUCAGCUCGGGGAGCCGAAGGACCUGAACGCAUUGAGGAUGCAGCCGGCUCAGGAGGACGCACUGAUGAUGUCCCAUACGCUGGACAAGCUGCUGCUCAGAGACGCAGUCCAGGUGGAGCUGAUACCUGAGAAGAAGGGUCUGUUCCUCAAACAUGUGGAGUACCAGGUCACCAGCCAGCGUUAUAAAAUAUCGGUUUAUCGACGCUAUAGUGAUUUUGACGUCUUCCAUGAGGUUCUGCUUCAGAGAUUUGCCUACAGAGUGGUGCCAGCACUACCACCUAAAAGGAUGUUAAAGGGAGUGCUGACCUCCGUCUCUGAGCGGGAGUUCAUCGAGGGGAGGAGACGUGCUCUUGGUAGAUUCAUUAACCUGGUGGCGCGGCAUCCCUUCUUCUCAGAGGACGAGCUGGUCAGGACCUUCCUCACCUUCAACGGCUCUGAUGUUCAGACUAAGCUGCGUGAUGCAUACAAGAAAACGGGUGACGAGUUCAUGACCAACAGAAUUGCAACUCAGGCAAAGGAAUAUCUCCCCACUGACAUUCAGGCUCAGUUCUCAACAAGCAGAGAGCUGAUUAGAAAUAUCCACAACAGCUUCCACAAGCUGCGGGACAGAGCUGAGAAAAUGGCGGAGCGCUCUAAGGAGAAUGCAACUGAUCUCCUCAUGUUUGGCAGAGAGCUCAGUACGCUGGGCUCAGAUGCUUCGCCUCUUCCCUCCUUGGCCUCUUCACAAAGCACCUGGGGGACCCUGCGCCAGUCGCUGAAGAGUCUGUCUGUGGAGUUUGCUGUGCUGUCUGACAAAGCUUCUCAGCAGGGCAGACGGGAAGAGGAUGAUGUUGUGGAAAAACUGAACCUUUUCCUGGAUUUGUUGCAGUCCUACAGAGAUCUCUGUGAGCGCCAUGAGAAAGGUGUGCUCCAUGAGCACCAGAGAGCUCUGCACAAGUACGGUAUGAUGAAGAGGCAGAUGAUGAGCGCAACCGUUCAACCGAAAGAGCAGGCGUCUGUGGAGCAGCUUGAAUCACGAAUUGUCCAGCAAGAGAAUGCCAUUCAGACCAUGGAGCUGCGUAACUACUUCUCCCUGUUCUGCCUUCAUCAAGAGACACAGCUUAUCUUCACCUACCUUCCAAUCACAUCCCACAUUCUCGGGGCUUUUGUUAACUCCCAGGUCCAAGGACACAGAGAGAUGGGAGAGGUAUGGAACGAACUCCACCCGAAGCUUGGAUGUCUCUUUGGCGGUAACAAUGGAUUGAAACCCACCCUCUAAAACCCUAAAGGAGAAACACUGCCGCUGAUGAGGAUUACGAACUGGAAAAUAACUUACUCUGUGAGCUGAAGCAGAAACAGCAUAAUGCACAACUAUUUCUUCUUCCUUCUACUGCAUCCUCUGUAACAUAAUAUACAUUCUAUUCAGUAAGACCAUAUCACCAUCAACUGGACGGUUGUUGCUCGUGAGUCACUUUAUUCUCUGCUUAAUGCGGGUAUAAUGUCUAUGUACAAAUCAAUUGGUUAUUUUGUAAGGGAUACUAUAUUUAUGCACUCUAGUUGAUCCAGCUCAUCUGAUAAAGCACCUGUUAUUAACUCAAACUUAUAUCUUAUUUUAUACACUAAGAUAGUUGAGAUAAAUUGAGAGGGAGAGAACAUUUUUCUUUAUUAAAGGAUGGGAUUAUUUUAAAUCUCUAGCCAUGAAGUUUUUGGUUAAUCUUACUGAAUAACUUUAGUGUGUGUCUAAUGUGUUUUUGAUACAGAGUUUAGUUUCUAAGGAUGAGUAGCGGCAUACUUGAUAUUUUUUAUGGACAAGUGCGCUCUUUCUUACUGUUUACUUUUAUGUAGAGCAACAUCUUUGCUUUCUCUGCUUCAAUUGUUUGCAAGAUUCCCUUUUAUUUUAUAAGCUAUAUUUGUUUCUGAAAAGCCUGAGAUCUAAUUGUAAGAUACUACAAAGGGCGGCGAUUUGAGAUUUAUUGAUAGAAUGAUGACUUCUGGCACUAGUGGCAUAAUAUGUCAGUAAUAACACUAUAAACUACUGAUUUACCACCAAAGAUAAAUGUCAUAAAUUUACUUAAAUACAUUUGUUAAAUAAAUCAUACAGGAUCAUUCCUACACAGGUUCAAUUUAUAACUAUUAGAAUUAAUACCUUAUAUCUUUAAUUUCAGAGGAAGGUUUUAGGCCAUAUCACUCCAUACAUGAGGACUGUUCUUCACAGUUAAGAUAAACACAAUCUGGAUAUUGUUGAAUUCCUAUUCCACUUUCUACUUUUCAUUUGUUGGGCAUGAAAACAAGGAUGCACACGUGUCUGUAUACAUACAGUUUAUCAGAACAUUAUAUAUUUUUCUAAAAAAAUAAAUCAAAGGGACAAGUUGAAAGACAUCUGGGCUUAUAUCUUAGAAGUUACCUCACAAAUUGUCACCCGCUAUGAGCACAUAGUUAUCAGCAGGUAUUUUAUGAAGAAACUGUAACAGAGAAUGAAACACAUUUGUUUGGGAACAGAAAACAUAUUGGGAAUCAGGUGAACUUGCACAGAAUAGGAAACCCAAUAAAAUUAUUGCUGUAGAUACUGUAAAUAUUUUAUUACAGAAAAAAAUUCUCGCUGAAUGGUGUUAAAUCAGUUAUCCUGAAAAAUAAAAUGACACAACUGAAAACUUG